UUCUCAUCAUUGACUCCACCUAACGGGGAAGAAACGACGGUCUAUAAUCUUUCAUUGAGAAAAGGCGAGACGAAUACUUCCCAUAUAGUCCACGCCUACAGCAACAAUGAUCCACAGUCUCUUCCUCGUCAACUCUUCGGGGGACAUAUUCCUGGAGAAGCACUGGAAGAGCGUUGUGAGUCGCUCCGUAUGCGACUACUUCUUCGAAGCGCAAGAGCGCGCCAGCGAGCCCGAGAACGUGCCGCCGGUGAUCCCCACUCCUCACCACUACCUCAUCAGCGUGCUCAGGCAUCGCAUCUACUUUGUGGCCGUCAUUCAGAGCGAGGUGCCUCCUCUCUUUGUCAUCGAGUUCCUGCAUAGAGUGGUCGACACGUUCCAGGACUAUUUCGGAGUGUGUACUGAGGCAUCCAUCAAGGACAAUGUGGUGGUGGUGUAUGAGCUGCUGGAGGAGAUGCUGGAUAAUGGCUUCCCACUAGCCACCGAGUCCAACAUCCUCAAAGAGCUCAUCAAGCCUCCAACCAUCCUCCGCACAGUGGUCAACACCAUCACAGGCAGCACCAACGUGGGGGAGCAGCUGCCCACCGGCCAGCUGUCCGUGGUGCCGUGGCGACGCACGGGGGUGAAGUACACCAACAACGAGGCCUACUUCGAUGUGGUGGAGGAGAUCGACGCCAUCAUCGACAAGUCAGGCUCCACGAUCACAGCAGAGAUCCAGGGGGUGAUUGACGCCUGUGUCAAGCUGACAGGCAUGCCUGACCUCACUCUCUCCUUCAUGAACCCCCGGCUGCUGGAUGAUGUCAGCUUCCACCCGUGCGUGCGGUUCAAGCGCUGGGAAGCCGAGAGGAUCCUGUCCUUCAUUCCCCCGGACGGAAACUUCCGCCUGCUCUCUUACCACGUCAGCUCCCAGAAUCUGGUGGCCAUCCCGGUCUACAUCAAGCACAACAUCUCGUUCCGAGAGGGCAGCUCCCAGGGCCGCUUUGAGCUGACCCUGGGGCCUAAGCAGACCAUGGGGAAGGCUGUGGAGUCUGUGCUGGUCACCAGCCAGCUGCCCCGCGGCGUCCUCAACACCAACCUCAACGCUUCCCAAGGAACCUUCACGUUUGACCCCGUCACCAAGCUGUUGUCGUGGGAUGUGGGGAAGAUCAACCCCCAGAAGCUCCCCAGUCUCAAGGGCUCCAUGAGCCUACAGGCUGGGGCCUCCAAACCAGACGAGAACCCCACCAUCAACAUCCAGCUGAAGAUCCAGCAGAUGGCCAUCUCAGGACUGAAGGUCAAUCGGUUGGAUAUGUACGGGGAAAAGUACAAACCUUUCAAAGGCAUCAAGUACAUGACCAAGGCCGGCAAGUUCCAGGUUCGAACAUAGAACCUCUGAGCCAACCACUACGAUAAGAGAAGAUGGGGGUGGAGGGGUGUGGGGGCUAUAAGAUAUAAGGAUGAGUUAUGAUGGGGACAGACCCUGUGUUUAUGCAUUUCAGGAUUCAUCCACAUUAAACGUGUGGACUUGUACAGAUGGGUGAGCAUUCACCCCCCCCCGAGUCAUUUGCACAGUCGAAUGUGCACAGAUGUAACGGUAACAGUGUCACUCUGAAAUGGGUCUGUCGCCAAUUAGCUUUGUCAUUUUUCUUAUCGAUUUAUUUUCUUUUUGUCUUUCACCUUUUGCCCUUGUGAGAGCGCGAGUAUUCCACCGCCCCUCUCACUUUCCACUCGUCCCAGAUCAUUCCAAACCCUGCUGCCUCCCUGUCUCUCUCUCUCCUCCACCCUGCACUCCGUCCCUCCCCCUAACUGGUCAGUUUACAGCUCUCUUUAUCUCUCUCUCGCAUAUUUCUCUGUCCAUUCCUGCUCACCUCUAUCUCUGUAUGCCUUUCACACUGGACUCCAGUGCGCCAGCCUGGGAGAACAUGUCCUGAUGCGUGUUCUCUUUUGCAUCGUGUGCGACCUCAAGCCCUGGUAUAUAAGUGAGCCUCCAGCAUAGAGUGAGACGCUUGAAGUGUGUGUGAGGUUGUGUGUGUUUCUCUGUUGUAGGUUCCUUGACGGUUUUAUUUACACGUUUUAUUCAUCUGUAUUUAAUUUUGCUCUUUUUUUAACUAUUAUUUAUUGACCCAAUCAAUGAUUAAAUAAGUGAGUCCACUUAUCAUAUCUUGUUGCAUAAGGCUAUGGUACUGUUUAUUCAUAGAUCUUUGCUGAAUCAUUUAAAUUCUGCAUUCAUCCUGUAAAAUGCGCUGUAUUUUUAAGCACUACCCCCAAAGCUUUAGUUUAAAACCAUGAAAAUGAACCAUGUCAUCCAGUCCUCCAUGUCCCUGACCCUAAACUGCUUCUCUCCAGUGUUCAUCUCUGCUGUGUUCAUCUAUAUGGACAUGAUGUUGCACUACCUGUCUCUCAUACUGCAGUGGCAUGUACCUAUACCAAGAAUGUUAAGAGGUUUGUAUUUUUGUUUCCAGCUUUAGUUUGUUUGACAGGUUACUUUCAAGUGAAUUGUACAAUGUUAUUGAAAUAAAAAGGAGUUUGAAGUGAUAAACAGAAUCGAAUUUAUG